AUGGCUGAGAAAAGAAAGCGUAGCCAAAAUUUUACGGAUGACGAAAAACAAAAAUUAAUUAAAUUGCUCAUGGAGCAUAAAGACAUUAUAUUAAGUAAAAAAACGGAUGGAGCCACGAAUGAAGCAAAAUUAUCUGCGUGGAUGCAAAUAACCGCUACAUUUAACGCUACUGGAUCAGUAUUCAGAUCAAAACAAUCUUUAUUGAAAAUGUGGGAAAAACUCAAAAGUGCUAGCAAAUCAUAUUAUUUUUCUACCAGAGAAAGUAUAGAACAGGCUGGUAGUGGCACAUGUACUGUCAAAAGAGACCCUAUAUUGGCACAGGUGUGUACCAUGUUGGGUCACAGUUGCACAGAAAUUGAAGAAGAGAAUGUUUCUAAUGUUGUUGAGGCGGUAAUAUCUGAAUGUGAUAGCGAUAAUGAAAGUCUACCAAAAGUCAUCAAUUGUGAAAUUGAUGUGGAAAUACCAUUUGCCGCUGAUGAUCCACUAAAGGUUCCUAGACUAUGGUCAAGAUCAAGGAGACGACGAGCUUCCUCAAUUAAUGAAAGACAAGAAGCCAUGAACUCUCGGGAUUCUGGCUUCAAGGAUGAAAAGAAGAAAGAUGCGGAUGAGUUAAAGAUUAUGUUGCUUGAAGAGGAGCUCACAACUAAAAGGCAACUCAAUGAGCUACAUAUCCAAGCUGCUAGAAAAGAGCUUAUUAUUAAGGACUUAGAAAUAGAAAUAAGAAAGGCAGCACUGGAAAGAGUACAAGGAGGUAGUCUACCAUGGCCAAGUGUUUUCGGAGAUUCACUUAAAGAGGAACAUUAA